UCAAAGGUUUUUUUCUUCAUAAAAACGUUGGUGCGACUGCCCGGUUGAAGAUAAGUUAUCAGUUAUCUAUUUGACACCAUUUCAAUACAAUUUUAUUAUAUCGUUACACUGUUAGGGUUCAGAAUAUAAAAUAUCUGAAUAAAAAAUUAUAAUGUCUAAUGUCCAUUCAGCACAUUUCCUGUUGAUUAAAUAGUUGUCUGUGAUCGGGUUUGUAAGAGGAAAACAUAGUUUAUGUGAUAACUAUGGACAUCACGAUAAUACUUUAAUAUUGGAAGUGUCGAUUAGUCAGAAUUCUACUUACACAAAUGACAUCAUAACUGAUCCUAGGAAAUGAAAAUGAAAUAUCUUCAUUUCUCAGUGAACGAAGGGAAUCAUUCAAUCAUCAUAUGAUUCCUACAAACGAUUUUAAUUUCUGUUUCACGAUGCAAACAGUAUCCAAACUACCUAUUAAGUGUAUAGUCAUCAUGUGAUAGUCAGUUGGGACGUGUAGACUUACAAAAUGGUAGACACAAACAUCAAGAAUGAAGAAACUCUAGUCGAAGACUCUUCAAUAAUUACGUCGUUUACAAAAAUCAGUACGGCACUUUUCUAUGCCGCUGCAUCUAUGUUAAUCACUGUAGUAAAUAAAUCUGUACUAACCAGUUAUGGGUUUCCGUCCUUCCAGUUUCUAGCCAUUUGCCAAAUGUUUAUGACAAUUUUUGUACUAUUUACAGCCAAGAGUCUUGGAAAACUAAAAUUCCCUGAUUUAAAUAAACACACGUUUAAAGAUACGUUUCCAAUGCCUCUUAUAUAUUUGGGUAAUAUGGAAUUUGGUUUAGGUGGCACCAAGGAAUUAAGCUUGCCAAUGUUCACUAUGUUAAGACGUUUCUCCAUACUGAUAACCAUGUUAGGUGAAUACUAUUUGCUCAACAUUAGGCCCAAGUUUUCUGUCAAAAUAUCAGUUGGCAUGAUGGUGUCUGGUGCCAUUAUAGCAGCAAGUAACGACCUAGGAUUCAAUUUAAACGGAUACAUGUUUGUACUGUUUAAUGAUUUCCUGACUGCUGCCAAUGGAGUAUUUACAAAGAAAAAAUUAAACUCCAAAAAAGAAAUGGGCAAAUAUGGACUUAUGUACUAUUCAUCUUUGUUCAUGAUACCACCUGCUUUAAUAUUGUUAUUUUUUUCGGGCGAUCUAGAUAAAAUAUACAGAUUCAGUUAUUGGUUGCAUGUACCAUUUUUAAUUCAAAUUUUCAUCUCAUCCAUAAUGGGCUUUAUUUUAAAUUACAGCAUAAUGCUGUGUACUCAAUACAAUUCAGCUCUGACAACAACAAUAAUCGGAUGUCUUAAAAAUAUAUUUGUUACCUAUAUGGGCAUGUUUAUUGGUGGUGACUAUGUGUACACGUUGAAUAAUUUCAUUGGUAUCAACAUCAGUGUUAUAGGUAGUCUGUUUUAUACUUAUGUUACAUUCAGACCAUCCACACCAUCUCAAAAUAAAUUCCCAAAUACUCUAAAUGUAUAAAACUCUGUUCUAUGCAAUACUGUCUGAAUUAUAUCAAAUUAAAUUUAUUAAUUAUAAUUUAUAACAUUGGCGUGCGUAGAGGGGAUGCCGAGUAUGUCAUGGCAUCUCUGCAGGGCCAGCUGAUUUUUAUUCUUUACAUUUUAGCUUAAUAUAAUUGAUAAACCUAAUUGUAAACAAAAAUCAGUUAAAUAAAAUUCACUGAUAAGCUUACAUUUUUAUGGGUUUAAGAAUUUAUACCUUUUUGACUGAAGAUUAGAACUAUAACAAAAUACCACAUAAUAACUCUACUUACACAUAUUUAGGUACUUUUGUUUUGUGAAUUUUGUAAUUAUGUGAAAAUUAUUUGAAACAAUUUUCAUUUAUGCCUUUUUAAAGGGAGUUAAAAAUAUAUUUAGCUAUUUUGUAAUGUAUUGGCAUCCCCUAUGAAAAAAGUCUGCGCCCACCUAUGAUUUAUAAUACUAGUUACCCUUAUAUUAUUGUAUUUUAUUUUACAUUGUGUAUUUUACUUAACGAGAACAAUAUAUUUGUUACCUUUUAAUUAUUGUUGGUAAUAAAUUGUAAAAUUUUAUUGAAUUAUGUUUAAACUAGAAUUUAUGUGAUUAGACUUAUUAUACAUUUAUAUGAAUAUAUUUGUUUAUAAAUAAAAAAAAUUAUAGAUUUUUAAUUGUUAUCUAAUA